AUGGAGGAGGAGAAGGAGCAACCUCGAGAUAUCUUCCCCAAUUCUCCAGAUGAGGACCCCACAGACCUGGCAAGAAAGGCUGGGAAAACAAAUUUGCUGCAGUGGAUGGAAAUAACGGUAUCUGAGCCAGAGAAACGGACGACAACAUCCAUGAAAGUCCAGGACACCUACAUUGUAUACCUGAUAGAGACAAGGAUAACAGAUGUAAAGCUGAAGUGUUUUGGAGAUGGAACAACAUCGCUCUGGCGAAGAUACAGCGAGUUUGAACUGCUACGUAACUACCUGGAUAUCACAUACCCUGCUGUAGUUGUACCACCCUUACCAGAAAAAAAGGUCACUUACGUGUGGCAGAACUCUGCGACUGACAAGUUUGACCCUGAUUUUGUUGACAGACGCAGGGCAGCCUUGGAGAUAUUCUUGCUAAGAGUAGCUGCUCAUCCAAUCCUUUCUCAGGAUAAGGUCUUUAUUGGAUUCCUACAGCAGGAGGAAGGAUGGAAGGACUUGGUGUAUAACACAGAUUUUCAAAGCAAGGCUGAUUCCAAAUUGAAAAGUUUGAGUGCAUCAUUCCGCCUGAAGAAACCAGACAGGAGAUUUGAGGAGCUGAAGAAUUACAGUAAUGAGCUUGAAAAUAACAUCUCCAAUCUGCUGAAGAUCCGGGCUAGAAUGGCUGACAAGAUUUAUGGAAUUCACAAGGUGCAUGCUAACUACAGUCGUGUGUUUUGUGAGUGGAGUGGCAUAGAAAAGGACAUGGCAGAGCCACUUCAAAGUGCAGGUCACUAUAUGAAUGUGUUCAGCCAGUCAGUGGACAAUGCCUUAGAUGAUGAAGAGCAGUACGCUGACCAGCUCAAGGAAUACUUGGCCUUUGGAGAUGCCCUCAGGUCUGUGUGUAGGAAAUAUGAGUGCCUACAGUAUGAUCUAGAGCGAGCUGAAGACAACGUCUCAUAUAAGGCCGGUCAGAAAGAGCAGAUGGUACAGGGGAAGGCUGGGUCAUUUUCCUUUACCGGCAUGAAGACAAAGCUGUUUGGUGGCGAUACCCCAGAACAGCGUGAUCACAAGGUUAAACAGUUGGAGGAGCAGAUUCAGCAGGCAGACCAGGAACUCCAGCUUGCUAACCAGGAAACACAGAAGUUUGUAGAAGCUGCCCUGCGUGACAUUGAUCGAUUUAAAAGACAGAAAGUUAAAGAUCUUCGGGAGAUAUUUACCAAUUAUGCAAUCAUGCAAAUAAAACAAAGUAAAAAGGGAAUCGCAAUUUGGACAAGUGCAAAAGACUGCUUUACAAAAAUGUGAAAUCAAAGACAGCAUCGGAAGUGAUUAUACUAUAUCUGCUCCUUAGUAAGAGCAUGUGACCUUGGUUUAAACUUUCAGAAGUCAGGCUCUCAAGGAGGCUUUGAACUCUUGUUGCUGACUGCUUUAUAAUGUAAUGUUGUCUUUGUGAUCUUGUUGGAAUGCUCAUACAAACAGAAGGGACCAAUUAAAUUCUGCAUCAAUAUGUACGAGUGGGCUGUAAUAUGCUAAGAAUGACAGAUAAUUAGAAAUGUUAAAUGUUCGACAUUCAAAAUAUGCAAGUUACAUUCAUGAAAAAAUAUCUUUUUAAACCGGACCAUUCUCUUAAUUCUAGUUCUCUGACUUCUUUCAAGUAUCAACCAAAUCAUUGAUGUCACCCUGAUAACUAAUAUCUACCAAAUCAUUGAUGUUACCCUGAUAACUAAUAUUAUCCUGGUCACUGGUGUUACCCUGAUAACUAAUAUUAUCCUGAUCAAUGGUGUUACCCUGAUUUCAGUGUUACCCUCAUCUCUGGUGUUACCCUGAUCUCAGUGUUACCUUCAUCUCUGGUGUUACCCUGAUCUCAGUGUUACCUUCAUCUCUGGUGUUACCCUGAUCUCUGGUGUUACCCUGAUCUCACUGUUACCCUGAUCUCUGGUGUUACCCUGAUCUCUGGUGUUACCCUGAUCUCUGGUGUUAUCUUGGUCACUGGUGUUACCCUGAUCUCUGGUGUU